CUGGUCCCUUCCCUGCCCUGCCCGCCGUCGGUUUCUGCAGCUACCGGACGGCAGCAGAUUUUCUUCUGCCUUUCUUACUAGCCUUUUUUUCCCCUUUUUUUCUUGGUUUGUUUGUUUGUUUGUUUUCUCUCAACUGAAUGAGCAAAUCAAUUUUCGGUUGCUCAUCCGCCGCUCCGAUCCUGCUGCUUCCAACUGCUUCUCGCUCCGAUCUUGCUGCCGCUCCUGCCGGUUUAUUUUUAUGAUUCUUGUUGGGGAUUGCAAGUUGCCGCGUGUUGCGCCGCUGCUUGCCUCCGGAUUUCACGGCGGGGAUUUGUCCCCUCCCCCCCUCUCUCUCUCUCUCUCUCUCACCAUCAGCCGCACUUUGUUUGUUUCUUGGAUUUCGCCCGCCCUGCAAAAUCCAGCCUCGGCUCUCGCUUGAUUUGAUCGGUAAGCUGAGCUAGGAGGAUCCCCCGGGUCUGCCAAGCCGAGGAUCGAUGGCCGGCGGCGGCACCAGCAUCAGGAAGUAUGUGGGCGCCCUCAAGGACUCCACCACCGUCAGCAUCGCCAAAGUCAACAGCGAUUACAAGCAACUGGACAUCGCGAUCGUCAAGGCCACCAACCAUGUGGAGCGCCCUGCAAAGGAGAAGUACAUCAGAGAUAUCUUCAUGCAUCUUAAUUCCGGGAGGGCUCGGGCGGACGUGGCCUACUGCAUCCGCGCCCUCGCCAGACGCCUCUCCAAGACGCGCAACUGGGCGGUUGCACUGAAGACACUAAUUGUCAUACACCGUGCCCUUCGCGAGGUCGACCCUUCUUUCCGUGAUGAGCUCAUCAGUUACGGUAGAUCUAGCGGCCAGAUGCUACACAUGUCCUAUUUCAAAGAUGACUCGAGCCCUGACGCUUGGGAUCACUCUGCUUGGAUACGCAAUUACGCUUUGUUUUUGGAAGAGAGGCUCGAAUCUUUCCGUGUGCUGAAUUAUGACGUCGAACUGGAUCCAUUGGGAACACGAGAUGUUGAUACAACUGGUUUGCUUGCACAACUGCCAGCAUUGUCGCAGCUUCUUUUUCGGCUAAUUAGUUGUCAGCCGCAUGGGUCGUCAUCUUAUAACACCAUAAUCCAGCAUGCCCUUUCAAUGGUUGCUACAGAGAGUGUUAGGAUCCAGACAGCCAUCAAUGAUGGCAUACUCAAUCUAGUUGACAAGGUACCGGCCACUAGCUUAUUGUUUAAAGAUUAUCGUGUAUGCUUUAUUUGUUUCUCUUACACCAUUGACAUCUUCUGCUCAAUGCAGUUCUUCGAUAUGCACAGGGACGACGCUAUUAGGGCCCUUGAUAUAUACAAAAAAGCACUUAAGCAGGCAGGGCAACUUUCUGGAUUUUAUGACACAUGUAAAACCAUACAUAUUGGGCGGGAUGAGAAGCUGUUAACAAUUGAACAGCCUCCCGCGUCAUUCUUGCAAGCUAUGGAAGAUUAUGUGAGAGAUGCUCCCCUUGCUUCAAAAAACCAGGCUGUACUGGCAAUAGAGUACAACAGAAAACCAGAAGAGGAAGAAGUAUCAACUCCACCACCCCCACCUCCUCAAGUAUCAACUUCAGAGAAAGAACCAGAACCAGAGCCGGUUACAAAAGUCGUGCCUAGAGUCGAGCAAAUAGAUUUGCUGGGGAUGGAUGUACCAACCCCUGACACAUCCGAGCUAGAUCAAAAGAAUGCUUUGGCCUUGGCAAUUGUUGAACAAGAUAAUGCACCUAAAGCUGCUGCUGGUUCCGAAAACGUCGCCACCAGCUGGGAGCUAGCACUCGUCACAGCACCCAGUGCAAGUGAAAAUGUUGCUACUUCGAGAAAUUUGGCCGGUGGACUGGACCUGCUCACCCUCGACAGCCUCUACGACGACGCGCACCGGCACACGCAGCAGAACGCAAGCUACAACCCCUGGGAGCAGCCGGCCCCGGCUUCAUCGGCUCCGAUGAUGCAGCAGCAGUAUCAGCAGCAGCCGAUGCACAACCCGUUGUACGCCUCGGCGCAGCAGCAGCAGGCCUUCAUGCUCCAGCAGCAGCAGGCCUUCGUGCUCCAGCAGCAGCAGCAGUACCAGCAGAUGAUGAUGAUGGGCGCGCCGUCGCUCCAUCGCCAGGCGUCCUCCAACCCGUCGCUCCAUCGUCAGGCGUCCUCCAACCCGUCGCUCCAUCGCCAGGCAUCCUCCAACCCGUCCUUCCAUCGCCAGGCAUCCUCCAACCCGUUCGACAGAUCGUACGUGCCGGCAGCCGCCGCCGGCGGUGGUGGCUACCCUUAUGCUCCGGCGAUGCAGCUCCACACCGGCAACGCCUAUACCGGAACCGGCAUGAUGUAGAGAUGCUUGUGGUGGUUUUUCUUUUUGUUUCACCGUUGCGAUUUUUUUAUGAGUUAAUAGGAACUGUAUAGUUGAGAUGAGUAAUAGCAGGGGAAGUAUUUUUCCCCGGCUAUUUGUGGUCAGGACGGUUGCUUGUGCUGUGCAGCCGUGAAGGAUUGUCCAUGGUAAUUUAAUUAUGGAAACAUGGUAACAUCUUUUGAAACA